AUGUCAAUCAGGCGGAAAACACCUCCUUUCCGCAAUCCAACAUUACAUCUUCAUGUCACAUUCAAAUACAGCAAUGUUAGGCUCACACAAGACUUCUCUGUUCCUCUGCUUGCCAUCAUUGGCAUUCGACUGUGGCUGUCAGACCAUGGAUUCGCAGUCAUACAGUUGCAAGCCUCCUACCGGAAGGUCACAACUCAGACUGAUCGCUUGAGAGGGUCUAUUAGCAGCGAAGGAUCAAUGCUUGCUUGCGAAGAACAAUGGACCAUUACAGGAAACCUUACCGAUGCAUCGGGGAAGCAAAUACAGAAAUCAAAGCUACAAUCAACCGAGCUCCAUCUUAGCAGCGCGCCAUACGAUAACUACUUCUACUCGGACUGCAAUGUUGCUGCUCAGAUGAUUCUCACCAGUCCCUCGGCAGGCAAUGAUCUUCAAGUCAUAGGUCCACGAGUUAUUGUCGCUUGGCCAGCGGGAAAUAGUGGCGCCUGUUUGUUCUUCAAACCAGAGAAUGGAGUCAACGGAACCUUGGCGAUCAAGCUCGUCAAUUCCACUAUUGGGUCUCCUCUUGGUCCCGUGUACAUCGAGGGAGACGAUAUCCCCUACGUAGGAAUUGAAGGCGUUCUUCAUUUGAACUCUACGGCUGUGGUGUCACUAUCAAUAUUGGGGUCCAUUCGGGCGAUCCGCGACUUCACGGAAGGCCCAAGCUUACUGCACCCUGUACUACAGGAAGGGAUACAAAUUAAAACGCUUGGGGACGAUGGGGUCUCCAUAUCGCGACUCUGGCUUGAUAACAGUACCACAACAACCACGACAUUGAGACCGCACGGCUCGGGCAGUAUACUUGUCGACGCCAACAAAAUCGUUCUCGAAGCAGGAGAAUAUCUCUUAUCCGCUUUUUACAACUAUCCGCAGCUCAAUCAACUGGAUCUGGGAGAAGUGUUAAGAGACAAGGAUCUCGUCGAGCAACGCCCACACGAGGCCAAGGCACUAUCGUUUCUGUCGUACUCGGAGAAAAUUUUGGCGGGUGCGUGGAGAUUUCUCACUUACUUUGGACGGGACGACAUGAUAUCGACGCUGAUCCUGCUCCCGGCUUUGACCAACGAAGCUAUCGAAGCAGUCAUUGGGUCCGUGUUGGAAAGAAUCAAUCGUGCCGACGGCAGCGCGUGUCACGAGGAAACCAUCGGUGACUAUGCCACUUAUAUGAAUCUACAAGAUGGUCAUGCCUCUACGGCGUAUCGAUGCGACUACAGCAUGGUCGACACAGAUUACUUUGUUCCGAUCCUGAUGCACGCCUACUUUGUAGAAUCAGGAGCUGGGAUGGAACGUCUGGAAGCCCUGCUUGCCACUCCUGCCGGUAGCGUCGACCCAGAUAACAAAGGCCUCAGUUGGGGCGACUUGUUCAUCUUGCUCGUCACGAAAAUAAUGCGCGAGACUGCUCCCUUCGCUGCUCCUGGCGGUCAGACGCGAGAGAAUCUUAUUCACCUCAAAGAUGGCCACGAGACCGGUGUGUGGCGAGACUCGGUCUACGGUAUUGGCGGGGGACGAAUACCUUUCGACGUAAAUGUCGCACUCGCUCCUUCAGCCUUACGCUCUAUCGAAUCCCUGGCGAGGGUAUUCGGUACAAGAAUCUUCGGCGAAUACGAGCGAGAAUGGACCAUGCUCGCGGCACAGUAUGCUCAAGUCUGGGAGGACAAGACCUUGGAAUUUUUCAAAGUUGUCGUUCCGCAAUCAACCGCUCGCGAACGGUUGGAGACGUUCGUCAGCACCAGUUCUUUCUACGACGGCCCUUCACAUGCCGAGCUCAUUGAUGCAGAUGUGUCGUAUCAUGCACUCGCUCUACAAGGCAACAACGGUCUUGAUGUCGUUCCAGUGAUGAACACCGACGCAUGCUGCCGCAUCUUCUACUUGAACGGCACAAAUCAAGCACGGUUGACCAACUACCUCAACGCAACCGCGCUGUCGAUAUUGAGACCUUUUCCCGCUGGCCUCAUGACGUCGGUGGGCCUCGUCGUCGCGAACCCAGCGUUCUCAGAAAACGAGGUUGUGAGGCAGAACUUCACCAAUUCCGCGUACCACGGGACCGUUGUGUGGAGUUGGCAGCUCGUCGCGAUGGUGAGAGGCCUGGAACGGCAAUUAGGUCGAUGCUCUGUGAAGGACGACUUGCACCUCAAGCCAGACUUUUGUCACGAUUCGGUCGUGUACGGAAACGUUAGAGAUGCAUACAAUAGGCUGUGGGAUGUGCUCGAAGAAAGCGAAGAUUUCCUUACAGACGAGGCAGGAGCCUUCGCCGGAUUCAGCAUCAACUUGCUCGUAUUCCCCCUCGACACAUUGAAGACAAGAGUACAGUCACCGGCAUACCGCGAAGUCUUCCGAAGCACGGCAGCUAUUUCGAACAGGUCUCUUUUUCGUGGACUCUAUCAAGGCGUCGGCACAGUUGCUCUCAUAGCUGUGCCAUCCUCCGGCGUCUUCUUCACGACCUAUGAAGGCCUCAAAUAUGCUCUCAACGACACCUGGUUAUCUGGGCCAGUGGUUCAUGCGACUAGCAGUGGAGUCGCCCAGCUCUUGACCUCUGCCGUCGUGGCUCCCGCCGAGGUCAUCAAACAGAACGCGCAGAUGUUAGCGCACGAGACACGGAGGUCAAGUGGAGUUUCUCCGACCUUGGGGGCGUUGAGACAGCUGCUGGAGCAUCCUGCAGCACUAUGGAGGGGCUAUACCGCGCUCGCAGCUCGAGAUCUUCCAUUCGCAGUACUGCAAUUUCCCGCGUACGAGCAGAUCAAGGCGAGAUUGACAGCGUGGCGUUCUCGAUUUGACGAAGGCAGGUCCGCCAGUGCUGCUACUCUUGAGCGAGCACAGAUAUCGGCGGUAAGUGCCGGUAUUGCAGGCUGCGCCGCCGCUUGGGCUACGACACCAUUCGAUGUGGUCAAGACAAGGAUGAUGCUUGAAGCGGGCGCGGGAAACGAAACAAGCAUCCAUGCCCCAGAGACUAACAGUUUUGGAAAGGGAGGAAUGAGUCGCAGAAGUGGAUUCGAGACCGGUGCAUUGAUUCUCAGGCAUGAAGGCGUGACAGGUCUCUUUCGCGGUGGUCUCGUGCGGGCGGUGUUGACGAUUGUCGGUAACGGACUUUACAUGGGCUUCUACGAAGGAGCUCGAUCUUACCUAGCCGGCUGA